AUCCUAUACAUAAAAUACUCAGAAGAUAGUACCUACAUUGUGCAGUCACACCGCAGUUAGUCACUUUUUUGUGGACGGACUUCAUUUGAAGUCAUUUAUCGAUGUUGCAAAAGUUCUUUCUGGUUGUAUUCUUUAAGUGACAAUGAAAAGCGUCAUAAUGACAAAAGUGUGAAGUUUCUCGUGUUAUUUUUAUAAUAUACCUUUUACUCUUUUUUUCUUGAGAAAUUUCGGAGGAACUGCAGCAUGGCGUUCACAGGGAAACUGCUAUUCUCGAUUGUGGCAUCAGCUAUUGGAUCGGCCUUUCAACACGGCUAUAACACAGGAGUUAUGAAUAAUCCACAACAUGUAAUGACUCAAUGGCUAAACGGAUCAAUGAUAGACAGAGGACAAGACACCGAUGAACAAAAAAUAAAUUUAAUUUGGUCCACCAUCACCUCGAUUUAUGCACUUGGAGGCAUGAUCGGAGCACUCGGAGUAGGAUUAAUGUCCCGCUUUUUUGGACUGAAGUGGGCGCUUAUUUUCAACAAUAUAUUUGUCGUAAUUUCCGCAGUUUUGGUUUUCCUUUCAAAACUCACAGCAUUUUACGAACUCCUCAUCGUUGCCAGGUUUAUACUCGGUUUGAAUUCUGGAAUAUUUGCAGGCUUGUGUCCCAUGUACCUCAACGAGAUAUCUCCGGUGGCUAAAAGAGGUGCCAUAGCUUCAGUAUACCAAUUGGUCAUAACCAUAUCUAUCCUAAUAGCUCAAUUGCUGAGUUACGAAAAAGUUCUCGGCAGCGAUACAUUGUGGCCUUACCUAAUCGGAGCUGUGAUUCUUGUACCUUGCUUAUUUCAGUGUUUGACGUUGCCAUUUUGCCCGGAGUCUCCGCGUUACUUACUGAUCAUAAAAAAAGACCAAGAGAAGGCCCAGAAGUCGCUCAAGUGGUUGAGAAACACUGAAAAUAAUGCUGAGGAAAUUGGGGAUAUGCAGAAGGAAGCUGCCGCUCAGGAGGCCGCAGGCUCGGUGACGUGGAAAGCGAUGUUUACAAAGAAAUCGCUGAGGACUCCUCUGAUCAUUUCCCUGAUGAUUAUGCUUGCUCAACAAUUGUGCGGAAUCAACGCAAUCAUUGUAUAUUCCAACGACAUAUUCCAUAAUGCUGGUUUGGACGAUUUUUGGUCGGCGUUAGGUACCGUCAUCAUUGGAAUUGUGAACGUCUUGAUGACGAUAGUUUCUUUGGUACUCGUGGAUCAUCUUGGAAGGAAGACACUCCUCAUCAUCGGUUUCAGUGGAACAACGAUCUUCAUGACCCUUUUGGCAGUUAGCAUCAAGUUCUCGGAAGACUACACUGCAAUGGGUAUACUUUGCAUAGUUUUCGUAAUUGGUUUCAUCAUAAGUUUCGCAACUGGACCUGGGUCCGUUCCUUGGUUUCUAGUGACGGAAUUGUUCAAGCAAGAUGCUCGCCCGAAAGCAACAUCACUAGCAGUAUUCACAAACUGGUUUGCGAACACUAUCGUCAUGCUCGCGUUUUUACCUAUAAAGUAUUACCUUGGAUAUUUCGUGUUCCUCAUUUUCAUUGCGUUCCAAAUACUUUUCCUAGUCUUCAUCAUAUUCAAAGUGCCAGAGACGAAGAACAAACAUAUUGAAGAAAUUACAGCACUCUUCUCCGACUGAGGGUACGAAUGAAAACGUAGCAUAAUAAAGAUCUUCAACUGAA